UCCGUCGACAGUUGGUUGAGUGGAGAGUGCGGGACAGCCCACAAUCGCAGCAACUGAGAGGUGCCAAGUUCUGUAUCCGUAAACCAAGACAGGCACAGCCCCAACGUGACCCCGCUUCAUUCUGAGGCUGGUCUCCGAAGCCUGUCUGCCUUUGUCGCACAUCCGGAAGAAUAUAUGCCAGGGCUCAUGCGCAUCGUGAGUAGCUGGAAUGAAUGAAAUGGAAGUGUCAAUUUUCUGCACCACAAUUGGAGUCCAUCAGACCAAUCCUCCAUUUCCAGGAAAACCCUCAGGGAUUCCUUCAAAGCCUAUGAAGAGAGAAUGUAGCAGCUGAAUCGACACUAGGAAGGCUAUAGAGCGAGGAUUCAGAUUGUGUGGGUGGCUGCUGGAUGGACGAGACUGAAUACUUUCUAGCAGUCCUUCUUCUGGGAUAAUCGGGGAAUUGAGCGUGUCGGCUCCUUGGGUCGGGGAAGUAAGUAAGGGGAUUGCAGUAUUUGCGUGGCCGUGCUUUUUGGAAACAUCUCAAUUGGAUCUGGAUCGAAUCGCAGCGGAUUCACGACUAGAGACUAGAGGAUAUACAAUAAAGAAAUGGCGACUAGGAAACCACCUCGCCAAAUGGCGGCAAAGGCUUGUGAGCGCUGCAGGAGGAGGAAGAUUAAAUGUGACGAGUUCUUUCCUUGCGAGCAGUGCACAAGGAUGCGCGUCGUAUGUAAAUUUCAAGAUUCAGCAGAAAAGAGGGAAGAACAACAGCAGGCCGCUCUAGAGGAUAGAAUUAGAUGUCUGGAAGAGAAGCUUGUUGCGAUACACACCAACCCAAACAAUCAUAUUGCUGAUGUGAGCAUGCCAGGACUGGCACAAGAAUUCAUAUCCAGUCCAGCAGCUAGACCAUCACAAUCACCAGGAAGGUUGGAGCCGCCUAGGCUGACACUACAGACACCUUCUUCGCCCGGUUUCCAUGAGCCGAAAUUAGACGACUUUCCAUCCGUUCUGAGCGAAUAUUCUCAAAGUUUUCUGGCAUGGAGCCAUCCACCAAGUGCGACUCCAAGCGUACCAGAGCAUUUCAGUCCUAGCGAUGUACCACCUUGGUCUACAGCGCCGUUCUCAGCGGAGCCAACCCCUAAUCAGAACGAACACAGAAAUCACGGACGCCCAAGGGCGAUAUCUCUUUGUCCUAGCGAAACAUCUAUGCAAGGUGAUUUCCUAGCGUCGCUGCGUCCCCAAGAGCGCCACAGGCUACCUAUUAAUCCGUCGCAACUCACUCUGGAAAUUCCCCAGAUCGAAAUAACUUCAUGGGAUGGAUUCCGACCUCAAUCUCCCACUUUGUCUCAAUUCAACGGGCCAGAUACGGACCUGCCUUUGUUUUGCCUACCAGAACUAAGUGUUAGUUCAUGGAGCGGUCUCUCCACACCCUCAAUCAUAGCACCAAGUUACGUGUCUGACUGCGACAACCUUUCCGUCACAAACCAGAGCCUACCAUCACAUUCCAGACGUUCUUCAAUGAACUCGCUCAGCCACGAUUUUGAUAUAUAUGGCGAAGGUAAGAAUUCACGUCGUAGGGCAACAUCGGAUGUCUUUCCUAUAGGCCAGCAAUCUGGUUGGCCGGAACAAGACCUUAGUGAGCUCUUCUACGAAACUACCAAGGCCAUUUCAACUCCUAGUCUUCAACGGAUGCAUUUCACAGAGUCUAUGCAAAGUCAGACACUCUCGCUGGAAGAUGGCACCUGUGGGGUAUCUAUCCAAAACCAAACUAAAGGCUACCUCUACAACCGCACGUUCUAUGAAGUCAUCCAACCCCUAUUCUCAAUUUUGCCACCACAAGCCAUGCAGGAUUGCCCUUCAGUAAACGACUCCCAUUUGACACCUUCACAACCUGGAAAAAGGAGCAGCGGACUUUUCGCAUGGGCCAUCUCAUCCUUCAUUCUUUCACAACGAUGUUCGCAACCACCUCUGCUUGCUCAGCACUACUUCUACCUGGGCAUCAAAUCCUACGGCACUGGAAAAUGGGAUUCUCUCCCAGGCAUUCAAUCCGGCAUCCUCCUCGCCAUCUUUAUCCUGGUUUCCAGCUCCCAGGAACUAAAUCUCUACAUCCUAAAUGCAAACAUCGUAGCUGCUUGCUUUGACUUGGGCCUGAAUAUGGGCACUCUUACAGCAGGUAGUCUGGAAGCUAAUACCUUGCUAGCGGCGUAUGUUAUUGAUCGUACUGUUGCGAUUGUCCGGGAUCGACCGUGCCUAUUGAAGGAUGGAGACUUGGGGCAUGAUGUCUUGGCAUUCGUCACGAGCGAAUUAAGAGAGAGGGCUGAGAGAGGGGAUGUGAGGAUGUGCGAGGAGGCGGGGCGGUUGUGGGAUUGGUGGCGCGUUUGGGAGAGUAGUAAGGGUGAGUCGGAGGUCGGGAAGGAGUUUUCGCCAGGGUUGGCGCAGGGGCAGCGACACUGGUGAGGGGAUUAGAUGCGGGAUUUCGGAAUAUAAUCGUUGUGACCAAACUAUUUUUCGCUUUCGCUCGAGGUUGGAGGAAGCGAAAUGCGCGUUUAGGACACGAGAGGAAGCGAAGUGCAUAGUUUCUACAGGUACCCUUAUUAUGUAACGCUUAGCCCUCUCCCCCCUCCAUACUACAUAGCCUUACCUAAUAGAUCCUCCUAGUUAGCCUUACUAUAGCUAAAAACGUAUAGUGGCAUAUAAAUGCAUUUAUAGUUACAGCCUUAAUUUACAC